AACCACUUUAAAGCUUUACUACUAUAGCCAGUCAAUCUCAAUAAUAAAUGAGUAAGAUCGAGAUGGCCGAGGACAUACCCGUUAAAGGAGAGUCUACCCUAGUGAAGGACCAAUCACUGGUCCAAAUUCAAGAAGUCCCCUCUGAACAAAACGUAUCUUCCAAGAAUGUGUUGACUCCAUAUAUCAAAUCACUCUUGUUGGAUCCUCCAACUUUGACCCCAAAUGAUUUAUCGGAGGUUUUACGUAUUAUAUUCAAGGGAAUCCCCUCGGAGAUUCAAACCAGUGCUUUCUUGAGUGUCUUGAGAUUAAGAGGAUUGGACCAAGAGGCUAAUUUCAUUGCUGCUGCUGUCAACACAGUUUUGGAAUUUGCCAAGAAUAUCCCAGCCGAAGAAGUUGACCCAGCAGGAUACAUAGAUAUUGUAGGAACAGGGGGUGAUGGACAAAACACAUUCAAUGUUUCUACCUCCUCCGCUAUAGUUGCAGCAGGUAUGGGAUUGCCGGUUUGUAAGCACGGUGGUAAGGCAUCCACAUCUACGUCUGGGUCUGGUGACUUGUUGAAAUCUUUGGGUGUCGAAUUAUCCAGUGUAAAUCAAACAACCACACCACAAAUUGUCAAGAAUUCCAAGUUUUGUUUUCUUUUCGCUCCAAGCUUUCAUCCUGGUAUGGGCACAGUUGCUCAUGUGAGGUCCCAACUUGGUAUUCCGACGAUUUUCAAUAUCUUAGGUCCUUUGAUAAACCCAAUUCCUAUACAAGCAAGAGUGUUGGGUGUUUAUUCGGAAAAGUUGGGCGAAUCAUACGCACAAGCUGCAUCUAUUUUAGCAAGGUCUAGUAAUAUUCAUAAAAGAACCAUGGUGGUGUUUGGGGAAGUUGUUCUUGAUGAAAUUUCACCAAUCGGAUACACCAAAUAUUGGUUGGUUGAACAAGAUGGAGUGAUUACAACUGGAAGAAUUUCUCCUGGAGAUUUCAAUUUACCAGAACAUGAUUUGUCAUUGGUUAAAUCAGGCACUCCACAAGAAAACGCUGAAGUUUUAUUACAUAUCUUACGACAAGACCAAGAAGAGUAUAUUGUCAAGGAUAAAGACAAUCACCCAUUGGUGGAUUAUAUAUUGAUGAAUAGUGCCGCUUUGGCCGUGGUUUCUGGGUUAGCGGACAACUGGAUCGCUGGGGUUGAAUUAGCAAAGAAGUCCAUUGUUUCAGGUGCAGCUAUCAAUGCUCUUGAAGAUUUCAAACUGGCAAUUAACGGAUUAGUAUAAGAUAUAAAAUAUGUAUUGGUUAGACUUUAAAAUGUAUAUUCUAGUACCGUACA